AUGGCGGACGCCACGGGACACCUGGAGUCACAUGAAGAGACAUCCACUCUUCACCACCGCCUGCAAGCCCUCUUCGCUGCUUUCUGGGAAAAGCUGGAGAGUAAGCUGACCCUACCUGCUCUACAGUCCGCAGAGGCUCCCUCCAAACGCCUUCAGAUUACUGCCAUCAAAGUCCUGGUGAGACGGAGAAGGCAAAGGCUGCAUCGGCAACGCACCAGAAAAGCAGCUGCAAACACUGCGGAAUGCAGACGAAUCUGGCAGCACAGCACCAUAAGACACAUGUGGGAGAUGAGUCCGGAAGGAGAGAGAGGAGGGAAGCAAACCCAGAAUCCGCAGCUGACUCCAUUGGCUAUAAGGAAGGAGGCACAUACCAUGUGGGACUAUAACUUCCCUGUACAGGGGAUAGGCUGA